GUCCUCCAGGAGCGCGCUCGGGCGGAGCGGCCGCCUCAGACAAAAGUCGGCGCCGAAAAAAGCUCGCUCCCUCGCUCGGUGCGGAGAGCGUGUGUUAUUUCCCCCCCGGGGGGGGCGCGGGGCCGUGCGGGAGCCGGGAGGUGGACCAGGCCCCAUCCCCCGGAGUCAGUGCACAAUGGGUGAAGUUGUGAAAUACGUUGAUGAUGAACAUAAAAAUGCAUUUCUGAAGACCCUGAACGAACAACGAUUAGAGGGAGAGUUCUGUGACAUAGCAAUUGUGGUAGAAGAUGUUAAGUUCCGAGCACACAGAUGUGUUUUGGCAGCUUGCAGCACUUAUUUCAAGAAACUGUUUAAAAAACUGGAGGUUGAUAGCUCUUCGGUGAUUGAGAUUGAUUUUUUGCGGUCAGAUAUAUUUGAAGAAGUGCUGAAUUAUAUGUACACUUCCAAAAUCGCUGUGAAGAGAGAAGAUGUAAACCUGAUGAUGUCUUCUGGACAAAUACUUGGAAUAAAGUUUUUAGAUAAACUAUGUACUCAGAAGCGUGACGUGUCUCCUCAACAGAACACACCUCGCCGCAAAAGCCGUUAUCCUUAUAGUAUAAGUGCUAAAAUCCAUCGGCCCUCUGUGAAUAGUACUGAUGAGGAGAUAGAAGAAAUUGGAGAUCAAAUUGAAGCCCAAUCGGAAGAGGCAAUAGAUGAAACCGUACCCAAUCAGGAUGAUGGGAAGACCCAAGCAAAUGGCCUGCGGGUUCAGGAAGCCAUUUUAAAAGAACUUGGAAGUGAAGAAGUUCGUAAAGUCAGUUGCUUUGCUUCAGAAGUGGAAACCAUUGAGACAAGUGAGCCAAAGGAUGUAACUCCUCAGCCUCCUCCAACUCUUGCUUUCAAUGACAGUAUGAGUGGAGUCAAGGAAGAACAGCCACCAGGCUGGACAGCAAACACUGAUGUGAAGUUUGAAUAUUUGUUGUAUGGGGACAGGGAACAGUUCAGCUGUCAGACCUGUGGCAAGACUUUCACCGAUGAAGCCCGUUUGAGGAAGCACGAGAAGUUGCAUUCUGCUGAUCGACCAUUUGUGUGUGACAUCUGCUCAAAGGCCUUCACCACACAAGCUCACUUGAAAGAACAUCUCAAAAUUCACACAGGUUUUAAACCUUACGGGUGUGAUGUAUGUGGGAAAUCUUUCAUCCGAGCACCUGACCUGAAGAAACAUGAACGUGUUCACAGUAAUGAAAGACCCUUCGCUUGCCACAUGUGUGACAAAGCUUUCAAACACAAGUCUCACCUGAAAGAUCACGAGCGGAGACACCGAGGUGAAAAGCCAUUUAUUUGUGGCUCCUGUACUAAAGCUUUUGCCAAAGCCUCGGAUCUGAAGAGGCAUGAAAAUAAUAUGCACAGUGAACGUAAGCAAGUGCCUACGAGUGUGAUUACGAGUGAAACGGAGCAGUUGCAAGCUGCAGCAAUGGCUGCUGAAACAGAGCAAAACCUGGAAACUAUAGCUUGUAGCUGAGGCUAAAUUAAUGUAACACUGGUUUCCCUUUUCCAUUUUGUUCUGUAAAGGGCUCCUAUGAAAUAUAGAUGACUGCAUUAAUAAAUGUGACCUUCUUUAAAUUGGUCCUUUUCACAAUUACUGAAAAAUCUUUUUGAUUUCUGUGUAUAUAAUCUAAUAUAUGUAGGCUAAAUUGUUGCACUGUAUGAGGAGUUACUAGGGUGGCCAUUUGGGACAACAGGAAAAUUUACAGAAUUGAACAUUUGAAAUGUUAUAAAUGCUUUAAUCCCUGUAUAGUGCAAUAAUGUAUUUAUUGCAUGCUUUGUGUUGCAGUUUUAAUUUUUUUUAAAUAAAGUUACUUUUAACGUGUGGCCUGCCA